AUGCAUCAGAAACCCUGGUUGUCUCUAACCAUAAACAACCAAACCACGUCCCAGUACCGCCCAAGAACUUAUGCCACGACUUUCCCGACUCCAAAGCACGACUUUCCCGACUCCAAAGCACGACUUUCCCCGACUCCAAAGCACGACUUUCCCGACUCCAAAGCACGACUUUCCCGACUCCAAAGCACGACUUUCCCGACUCCAAAGCACGACUUUCCCGACUCCAAAGCACGACUUUCCCGACUCCAAAGCACGACUUUCCCGACUCCAAAGCACGACUUUCCCGACUCCAAAGCACGACUUUCCCGACUCCAAAGCACGACUUUCCCGACUCCAAAGCACGACUUUCCCGACUCCAAAGCACGACUUUCCCGACUCCAAAGCACGACUUUCCCGACUCCAAAGCACGACUUUCCCGACUCCAAAGCACGACUUUCCCGACUCCAAAGCACGACUUUCCCGACUCCAAAGCACGACUUUCCCGACUCCAAAGCACGACUUUCCCGACUCCAAAGCACGACUUUCCCGACUCCAAAGCACGACUUUCCCGACUCCAAAGCACGACUUUCCCGACUCCAAAGCACGACUUUCCCGACUCCAAAGCACGACUUUCCGACUCCAAAGCACGACUUUCCCGACUCCAAGCACGACUUUCCCGACUCCAAAGCACGACUUUCCCGACUCCAAAGCACGACUUUCCCGACUCCAAAGCACGACUUUCCCGACUCCAAAGCACGACUUUCCCGACUCCAAAGCACGACUUUCCCGACUCCAAAGCACGACUUUCCCGACUCCAAAGCACGACUUUCCCGACUCCAAAGCACGACUUUCCCGACUCCAAAGCACGACUUUCCCGACUCCAAAGCACGACUUUCCCGACUCCAAAGCACGACUUUCCCGACUCCAAAGCACGACUUUCCCGACUCCAAAGCACGACUUUCCCGACUCCAAAGCACGACUUUCCCGACUCCAAAGCACGACUUUCCCGACUCCAAAGCACGACUUUCCCGACUCCAAAGCACGACUUUCCUGACUCCAAAGCACGACUUUCCCGACUCCAAAGCACGACUUUCCUGA